AGCAUUUAAUAUUGUCCACCCCAAAAUUGUUCUAAUACCUACCAAAGUACGUCACCCCAAAAACCCAAAAGCACUCUCUUUAAAUUCCAAUCAUCCCACCAUUGGACCAAAGAAACAGAAAAGUUUUAAAGCAUUGUCCACCAUUGUUAGAAAGAAAUUAGCCAUGUCUAAAAACUCCAAUUUAGCCACCACAAAUAACUCAAAUUGCUACUUGUUAUCACAAAGUUGGUGGCCACAAGUAGACAAUCGUACUAUUUUUCAUCCAAUAAUUUCUAAUUCCUCUUUAUCUUCAUGCAAUACCACUAGAAGUUCAUCAUGUGAAGAAGAUGUUAUAUCUAUUUCUAAUAAUGGAAAUAGUGCAACAAAUAAUCUUCAUCAGUAUCAGUUUUUACUUGGUGUUGAUGAGAAUAAUAGUUCUUUGAUUACUGAAGAAAAUGCUGCUUCUGAUCACAAUAACCUUAUUUGGAGCCAACUUCUCCUAAGCAGCUCUACUAGUGGAACAGCUGGGAGCAUUAAUACUAAAAAUCUACUGGAAAACAAUAACCAAGAUUCAGUUUUGGAGAUGAGUUUAUUUGACAAUCAACUGGCUAAUAAUGAUGAUGAUGAUGAAGAUUAUUCAUUUCAUCCCUACAGUAAUCUUCUUGGGAAGCAACUUCCUAUCAAUAAACCUGACCUUAAUUAUUAUUAUACUGAUUAUAAUAAUAACAAUUCUAUGGACUCUAUGUUUCUCAUGAGAAGUGAUCAAAAAGUGAAAUUGCCUAGACAUCAUUGUGGAGCAGAAGUGGUUAACUCAUCAUGUGCUGAUGAUAAUUCAAGAAACUUUGCUAGCAUAUCUUGUGGUGGAUAUUUAAGCAAGCCAUUGGUGAAUACUAAUGUCAACGACUUUAAACCAAGUCUCAAAACUUUGAAUUUGGCAGAACAUAAGAAGCAUGGCCUCCAACAACCUUCUCUAACCAAGUCUAGGGGUACAAUAUCAACAUGCAACACUUCGAAGAAAAACAAUGGAAGAGCACAAGAAUAUCAAAGUGAAGGAAAAAAGAGGAGAUCAGAAGAUAAUUCAGACACAAACUCAAAAAGGCAAAAAAAUGAAAUUUCCUCUGCAAAGAUACAAGUUCCAAAAGUGAAGCUUGCAGACAAAAUCACAGGUCUCCAACAAAUUGUGUCGCCAUUUGGAAAGACUGAUACGGCAUCCGUUUUGUGGGAAACAAUCAACUAUGUUAGAUUCUUACAAGAGCAAAUACAGCUACUGAGCCAUGCCUACAUGAAGAACAAUCCAUGCAAGGAUAGGUACUGGGGAGGAUUUGAGAGAAAAGAAGUUGAUCUGAGGAGCAGAGGACUUUGUUUAGUGCCGAUUUCAUGUACCCCUCAAAUAUAUCGUGAGAGUAAUAAUGGAUCUGACUACUUGAUCCCAUCAUAUAGAGGAUGUCUGUAUAGAUAAUUAAUUAGUAUUUAUCUACUUUUCUUAGCUACUAAAUGUAUCAUAGUUUAAGUUAACAUAUAUAUAUAUAUAUAUAUCAUAAGUGUAAAGAACUUUUUAUAUUAUCAGGUCAUCCAAAUAAUAUAUACAGGUAAUUGUCUCCUUAAAA